UCUCCAUUUGGAAAUAUUUAUUUACCUCGGUAAAUCCUAUAAUCAAUCGUAUAACUAUAUAUAUAUAGAGAUGUCUAGAAGGUUUGAUAUUUCCUUCGAAACCGUUAUUUGAUCCUUUAUUGUAUAAAAUAUCCACAUUCACGUCAAUUGCCACUCAUAAUGUCAUUCACAGUGGAAACAAAAUCAAGUCCUGCUUACUUUCCAAGACAUGUUGGAAGUACGGUAUUAGCUGAUGAUAGAUUGACUUUAGUAUAUCAUAAAUAUAAAACCACUGAAAUCAUUCCUAAGGAUGCUGUCAAGUUCAAUUUGAUCUUUGCUCAUGGUACAGGUAUGAAUAAAUCGGUUUGGACUUUUAUCAUUAAGAAUUUAUAUCAAUUAUCUCAAGCUUCAACUGGUAAGAAUAAAUGGUAUUUGGAUUCUUGUAUUUCAUUCGAUAAUGUAUCUCAUGGCGAUUCAGCUUUAGCAAAUAAAGGGAAAUUAGGUUGGGUUUAUCGUUGGGAUGAAGGUGGUAAGGAUUUAUUAAGACUUUUAAAUUAUGAAAAUGAUACUACUGAUGAUUUUAAAAAUAAUUUAACUUCAAGAAAUAUCGCUAUUGGUCAUUCUUUAGGUGGUCACUUUGUUGUAUUAGCUGGAUUUUAUGAUCCAAAUAUUUUAGAUUCAGUUGUUCCAAUUGAAGCUGUGUUAUAUAGUGAUGAAAAUUCAACUAAAAGAUUUAGAAAAUUAUUCGCUAAAAUUGCGUCUUUAUUAAUCGAUACUUUUGAUAGUAAAGAAGAUAUCGUUGAAUAUUUUACUAAAUUCUCCUUUUAUAAAAAGAUGCAUCCUGAAGCUUUAAAAGAUUUUAUGGAAGAUGAAAUUAUAACUGUUAUUGAAGAUGGUGAAAUCAAAUAUAAAACAAAAGCAUCUAAAGAAGCUCAAAUGUCAAGUUAUAUAUGUUCAGCUUUAAGUGUACCACAACAAAUGAAAUUAUUACCCUUAAUGAGAUUACCAGUAUGUCAUGUCAUUGGUUCAAAUGGUAAUUGGAAUCCACCUCAAUCCAUCCCAUUUGUAAGAGAAGCAAUUCCAAAACGUUAUUUAAGUGCUACAUAUGAUAUUCCAAAGGGGGAACAUUUAGUCCAUGCUGAACAACCAGAAGAUACCAUCAAGAUCCUUCAAGAAUUCAUUUUAAAACGUCAAGCUGAUUUCGAAAACGAAAAACCUGAUGAAUAUGCUGAAUUCAAAUAUGGUAAGGAUAGAAAUAAAAUUCUUGGUAUUGAAUAUGGUCAUAUGUUAGCCGGUGAAUUAUCUGAAGUAACUGGAUUCAAAGGUAGUUUCGAUACUAAAUUGUAAUUGCUAUACCUAUCUAUUUAUUUAAACUAGAACUCUUUUUAAUAAUAUACAUCUAUAUAAAUGUUUGCUUAUCAUGAUUAAUUUCCCCACAAAAAAGCUAUUUCGUAUAGCUAUAUUUUCACCCACGUGACUUUUGCAAUAAUAAUUUCUUUUUUUUUUAUAUUUAAUAUGUGAUUAUAUGCAGACCAUCUCAUCUUUUUUCAAAAUUUUUUUUUGGUAUAUAAAAUUUAUUUUCAC